GCGAUUUGCUGCUUUUCGAUUAACAUUUGUGUUUCUAGAGGCUUGAAUACUCAUUUUCCGAUUUAGGAUCCGAUGGUUCUUCUCCCUCGUUUUUUUGAUGUGUCAGCUCUAAUAUGAUGCGUAUCCUCCUUAGGUGUGCUUUUCUGGUUGAGGACCACCUUAUCCGAAUAAUAGUUACCUUUGACGACGAGAUUGGUAUGUGUGGGAUCUUUGUAAAGCACGAUUAGGGGGAUCUAUCGUUUUAACUCUGCGCUUGUGAUCCUUGUCCAUGGCUAGUAAUCUGAAGUGUUUCUCGUGUGGUGGCGAUGGCCACUUUGCUCGAGAAUGCCCGACUAGUCGGGCUAACCCUGGUGGUGCGGCUGCGAAUGGGGCUUCGACACCAACUACGCCACGCUUCUGGACCCCGCGUCGGAAUCCGGAAGAGUUGGAGGAAAAGGAAUUCCUCCGGACUCUCCUCCAUGAGCGAAGGCAGCAGGAAGCACUCAAGAAGGAGAUGGAGGAUCGUCAACGUAUCCAGGAGCAAUUUAAGGCUGAGAUGGUGCGCCACGCAGAGGCCACCAAGGCUGAGUUAUUGGCGCUGCUUGGGCAACAGUUUAUUGCUAACCGGGAUGAGGCGAGGCGAGAGGAGUUUCGUGCGACGCGUACGUUGCCUUCUUCCCGAAGAAGGGAGGUGCGGGAGGACGUGCAUGGUGAAGUAGAGGACAUCGAUGACGAGAUCCGGCGUUUGUACACGUUGCGGGAAAAGCGGAGGCAGGGUAAGACGCCCUUGUCGGAGGGUGUGGCUUUCCGACAACCGACCUUCAACAUGGAUGGGUCUGUAGCGGAUGACGCACGCACUCGUGCUGAGUGUUCCGGGCAGGCGAAGGAUCGAAGGAAGAAGGUGCCCGCGGCUGGAGGGCCCGAUGGUAUUCUCCAUUAUAUCCUUGAGCAACGGAGGACUUUGGAGGGACUUCGCCAAGAUCAGUUGAAGAAGAUCUGUAUCAAUGAAGAGCUCCAUUACUGCACUAAGGGACCAUCCAUUCAUCGGAUUAUAGCAGCACGGACGAAGCUGGCCUAUGAAGGGUUUGUUUUGGUUUCGGCUCAGGCCGCUGCUACUCCACCUCAUUCGCCUGAGAACGCCGAAUCGAACCCCGCAUCGAACCCCGCAUCGAACCCCGCAUGACUAGCACGCUAUUCCUCCUUUCACCUGUGGUGUAACCUGUUAG